GUUCCUUCCCUUUGGUCAACUGCAUAAUGAGAGGAAGCGCCGUCAACUGUGCAUGAGAUAAGCAUGCUAAGAGUAUUAGCUAACCUCUGCACUGCAGUCUGUGCGCGAAUUAUAUUUAGCUCUGUUUUGCUCGAAUUUAAGGUUGUAUGCAGUGUACGAGAAGUAACUGCAGCAACCAGGUUGUCCGUCUCUAGACGAUAGCAUCUUGUUUCUCUGGCCCGGAGUUGCACGAGCGCUGGACUAAAAACUGCAUCACGUACUAUAAUUAACAACUGUCAACAAUUACAACAAACCGCUUACAGUUUGCAGGAAUUCGCCGACGAUCGAAAUGUCUGUGUCACACCCACUGUUGAAGCUCAUGAAAGUGUCUGUUCUGGAGCUGCAUAAAGAAGUUGGCUGCAUCAGAGACUCAAAUCCAAAAUUGCUGCCUCUCUGCCAGAUUCUAGAAGAUAUCUUUCGAGUAGGCCUUCUUAAAAAUGGUUCCUGGUUUAAUAAAGUUGAUUACUGGACAGUAUUCUACAAACUUGUGCAAAGGGCUGGACCUGGUUAUCAUCUUUUAGAUUUUGUAAAGGAAUGUAAAAAGACAUUGACAGACCAAGGUCGAGGACGACUGUUUCUGCGAGCUUGCCUUGUGAAAGGACAGCUAUCAUGUGCUGUGCGACUAUUGAGGAGUGAUGCUGUUGUUUUGGCUACGUAUUAUGACUCGAAUUCAUCCAUUCUUCGCAACGACAUCUUGACAGAGAUUUUCUUGUCUCUUGUGGAAGAGGUGCAAAGAAUAACAUUCCGAUUAAAUCUGAAGAAUGGCAGCUUCUUGGAUGAGACAUGGGAACUUGCAGAACUCCGUGACUAUGAGUUUGUUCCUUGUGAUGCUCUGGGUAUCCACUUCCAGUCAGUUGAUGAACAUCUUGUGGUGACAGACGUAGACAAAGGGAGUGUUGCUGCUGAAGAUAGAAAAGUCCAGAAAGGUGACAUCCUAGAUGAGAUGUUUGGGCAUUGCUUAAAAGGAGUUAGGAAGAGCAAGGUGAAAGAACUGUUUUCCUUAUACAGAGGCAUCCCUGUGUAUGCCAGUUUUAUAAAGGCUACAGACUCCUAUGGCCAUGUUCAUCGACAUGUGUUAAAACUGCUAAAAAAAGCAGACAUCAAACCUCCAACACCACGGCACCGCAGCAAAGAGGCAAAGCGCCAGGCCAACCGUGACAGUCAGAGUGGCGUCAGUCGCAAGCCAGUCCAUGCCAUUCUGCCAGAAGAGGAGCUAGAUGAAAUACCAGUUCAUGGGCCAGGUGGCAAAGCUGCCUAUGAAGUGUUCUACAGAGGCAUGUAUCCACUGAGAGGGGAUGGACGUGUUGACAGAAUUCAUGAUGCUGUUGGUGCCAUUGUUGACAGUGAAGAAAAAACCAUGGAGUCUGUCACAAUAGCAGCAACAGAAACAAGUAUUGUUGUCACUUGCAAAUCGACAGGAAAGAUUCUGAUGGAACACUCCUAUACAGAGAUCUCAGCAUGUGGCCGACGCACUGAUCACAUGACUUAUUUUGCAUACAUAGCUGGAGAUACCACAUGUAAUCUUGCUAAAAACUUUAUUUGCCACGUGUUUGAAAGCGAAGAUCCUGAUGAGGCUAAAAUUAUUCUGUGCAGUAUUGCUCAAGGAUUCGAGAGGACUCAGUGGUUCCUCUUACAGCAGCCUGUCAUUGAAACAGUGAGGACCACCGAGCUCAGAUGUCUGCAGCAGAUGGAGGUGGCUUUUGUAGACAGGACUGGCCGUAGUACCGUGAUACUGUGAUACUUCUUAAGAUUUUACUUAACCAGUUCCAUUAAAAAACUAUGACUGGGUUAUUCCUUUAUGUACAGCCAUGUUCGUGUUUUGUUUUUUGUGCCUGCUGCAGUUGCUUUUUUUAAAUAGUAUAUUACAUUCUUUUGACAUGCCCUUACUCCAGCUUCAGCUGUGCACAGGCCUCACAAGGGCACUAUGCUUGAUUGUUCAGAUAUGUACAUAUACAGCAGCUAACAUUAAUCUGAUGUCACACCUGCCUUGCACAUGUCUGUAUGUGCUCACUAGUGUAUCAGUGUCCUUGUAACCUGAUGAGAAGUGACUAUUGUCUUGCUGUUUCUCAUAUCUGCUACUGACCUAGAAUGACCAGUCAGUACAUACCCCAAACACCUAAGCUAAGCUACAUCACCCAAUUCGUCCAUGGUGGACUAUAGUAGUUCUGUAUGUAUGUACUUAUACUUUGUCUAACAUGCAGGAUGCCUGUGAACCACAUUGCACAACAUUUCCAAACUAAAAUGUUGAGACUGUUCGGAAAGCUAAUCCAUUUACCAAGGCUUUUUCUUUCCUUUCAAACAAAAUUUAAGAGAGAUUUCCAUUUGACAGUGAAUUACUUUAAAUAUUCAAAAUAUCUCCAGUUUACGUUGUAUUAUUCCCAAUGUUUGUCUCUGAUUUUGUUUAGUCAGCUUAAUUUGCAUAUUAUGUUGAGUCACUAAAAUUAUAUGAAAAAAUAUUGACUGUGUAUAGUAUGAUUCCUAUUUAUUGUGUUAUGUGGUAAACAGACUGUGGCCAAGGAUUUAUGCUGCAUUUUUGCAUCAUAUUACAGUUGAGAGAUUUGUUGACUUUUUGUUGCAUGAUCUGUUUUAAUGUUUCAUUUUUGUUGAUCUGGACUACAUUUAAAGUGGAAAACGUCGGCAACUUGUUUACUUCGAGAACAUAAUUCAAAGCAUUUUAAUGGGUAGUUUCCUUCAAGUCUACAGAAAAAAUUUGUCACAAGCUGCUGUACCAAGUAGGUCAAACAUGUCAUUUAUACUCAUAGCAACAGUUCACAUGACUUGUGGGAAGAGAGUUAAGCUUGAAAAUAUAUCAGAACUCCUAAACAGUCUCCUAGAUGGUCCUUAAUGCCAUCACACGGAGCUAUCCAUUUUUCUUUGGCACUUAACUGACCCGGUCACUGGUCCUUGCCUUCUGCAUUGCCAGACCUAUCAGUUGACCUAUUGGGUGCAUGAAAGUCUCAUUGAGUCUAAAGUUACCCACUGCAGUUAAGUAUAUUGCAGUUUAUGAACCAAAUUAUUGUCAUAAUUAUUAAUGCUGCAUAGUUUUUUUUUAUUUUGUCAAGAAUCCUAUUUUGUGUGCAUAUGCAUGUUACAUAAUUUAAAUGAUGUGUUUUGAUGUCAGCUGAGCAUCAUGGCAAUAAAUGUGAAUUAAAAUGUAAUUUCAUUUU